AUCUUCUUUUCUAACAGCUCUGCUGCUUUUCAGUGGAUCAAUCCACGAGAUCACCUCAUUUCUGUUUUGAAGGGCGGCCUGAUCAUUGCAUUGUCCUUGGAAUGGAGACAAGAAGAUGUCAUCAUUGUCGGCGUCGUCGGCACCUUCAGGAUCAGCAGAGCCAUUGAUUCGAGUGUUGCCCAAGGAUGUGGUGGAUCGUAUAGCGGCAGGAGAAGUUGUCCAACGUCCAGCCAAUGCGCUAAAGGAACUUCUCGAAAACUGUCUCGAUGCGGGUGCUACCAAGGUUUUGGUCACUGUCGACAAGAAAUCUGGCGGUGCUGGGAAGCAAAUGUUGGACUUUUCAAUCUCCGACAAUGGUCAUGGCAUUGGUAAAGCUGACCUUGAAGUGGCUGCUACUCGAUUUGCGACUUCCAAAUUGACCAAUGUCGACGAUUUUAAAACACUGUCCAGUUUUGGAUUUCGAGGGGAAGCUUUGGCCAGCAUUUCCAUGGUCAGUCACUUGACCAUUACCAGCAAGACGAACCAAUCUGGUGUAGUGGCACAUGAAUGUCAGUAUCUGGAUGGCCGACCGCAACCGGGACACCCAAAGCAAUGCGCGAGAACUGUUGGGACGACAGUCAAGGUACAAGAUUUGUUUUAUAACGUACCACAUCGUCUCAGGGCUCUCAAGCCCAAAGAUGAAUACACAAGAAUGCUCAACAUGAUGCAGCCGUAUGCUGUACACGUGGCGAGACGAGGCGUGGGGAUCGUUGUGCAGCACCAGCAAGCAAAGGGAAAAACCAGCAAAACAGUAGUGGAUCUCAAUACCUCCAAUCUAUCCAAACUGACGGCACUCACUCGCAUGGACGCCACGGAACGAGAUUCGACAGGCCCAUUCUUGUCACCAAUCCAACAAGAAGCCACAAAGCAGGUCAUCAAGACUCUCUAUGGAAGCUGUUGGGGGCAAAACUUGCUGUACUUUCAAUCCAAAAGUUGUCAAGAAGACGAGGAGGAUCAAUCAUCGUCAUCAUCCAAAUCCAUGAGUUACACUUGUGAAGGAUUCUUGGCGUCUCCCAGUCUUGCAGCCGACGGCAAAGUCCAAUUGCAGACCAAAAAUGCGAUUUCCAAUCUCUUUGUCAACAAUCGAUACGUGGAGUGUCCGGCUUUGAAGAGACGUCUGGAAGACACCUAUGCCACGUUGACCUCUUGGAAGAAGCCACCCUUUAUCUAUCUAACCAUUCAGGUGCCACCAAACCAUGUCGACGUAAAUGUGCAUCCGACCAAAACACAGGUUGCAUUGCUAUUCUUAGAGGAGAUUGUGACCGACGUGGCAGCCAAAGUCCAUGAGUUGCUCAAUGCACAAGGACAAACCUUUGGCGAACGACACAGCAAGAAGGUUGCCAUGCCGGAAAAUCCAUACAAGAAAAAGGGACCAGCAAGGCAAGCUUCCCAGCAAUCCACUACUAGUGGCAACAAUGCCUCUUCCAAUGGAAGCAAGAAGCGCAAGCAAGACAUUGAUGAUGACUACCAGGAGAAAACAGAUACCGGUAACACCGCCAAAAAGACAAAACAGCAUUCUAGCAGUACGAAUGACAACAAUAGUAAAAGCAGCCAAACACCCCAACAAUCAUCGCAAACUCGAAGGAACUCUUCCUCGUCGUCAAUGACCCAGCCCAGAAUAUAUUCACACAACAAAAUCAGAACCAGCAAGGCAGCUCCCGCCGGUGCCCUGGAGCCAUUUUUAGUUCGCAAUGUCAAACCUGCGGCCGUGAGCGGCACCCCAUCCACGGCUGCAUCCACACCGCCCCCUUCCAGCUUGUCGUCCCAAUACUCUACUACAACGAGUACUAGCAAUUCUAUCGGGGAAAGCUCACAAGUGACGCAACAAACUCCCCAAGACCCAAGCUUGCACAGAGGUACAUGCCCCUUUGCAUCGGGUUCUUCAUCCGUUGACAUGUCUCAACCAGGAGCCUUUGCUCGGGCGUCGCAACAAUGCACUUGCAGGGCAGAGAAAAUGCAAGAGGAAAUGGCAUCGCAGUCACAGCCGCCGUCGGUCUAUCUUACACCACAACAGCAAGUAGUCCGCCCCACCGUUGUGGUUCCGACCAAAUGCGAUCUGGGUUCGGUUCGAAAGCUCCGACGCCAGGUGCAAAAAAGAAUGGAUGCGGACUUGCAAAAGAAACUACGAAAAAGCAUGUUUGUUGGCGUCGUCUCGCAGCAUAGAUCGCUGGUGCAAUGCCAAGAAGAAUUGUGCCUCUUACAUCACAGCAACUUGUCGCAAGCGUUGUUCUAUCAAUUGGCACUGGCUCACUUUGGAGGCAACCGCAUUGCCACCUUCGGUCGCCCUGUCCAUGUUCAGACAGCGAUCGAACAAGUGCUCCAGAUGGAAGAAGAUCUUCAAGAUCAAAAACUGGGGCUCACUUCUGAAAAGAAGAGCUCUGCGAAAUGCAUUGGUCUUUCUGGCCUUGAAGCGGUGAAUGAAACAAAUGAAGUUAUGGCAAAGCAAGCUACUCAAUGCUUGUGGGACAAUGCUGCCAUGCUGGAAGAGUACUUUGGUAUUCGCUUCGAAUUGGACAAGAACGGUGAGAAACAACCACAAAAGGAAAGAGAGUCCUCCGAAACAGCACAGAAGGUGCUGCUAAUGGGGCUACCCAUCCUUUUGGAGGGCCAUGCACCUCAACCACAUGGCUUGCCGCUGUUCCUAUUACGACUUGCUACGGAAGUUGAUUGGGGGCACGAACGGCACUGCUUUGACGGGGUUUGCCGCGAACUAGGAAACUACUAUGCUCUAUUGCCUUCUUUCACUGAUGGUGAAAAUGACAACCUUCUGAAGGCCCAGGUGCAGCAUGCGCUCUUUCCUGCGCUCUCCUUUCUUCUGAUGCCUUCUCAGCAGUGUCAGGAUGAUGUCAAGCCGUUGACAUGUCUGCCGAACCUGUACAAGGUGUUUGAGAGGUGCUAGCAUUACUAUGUUCGUGAGGCGAGGAAGACAAUGGAAUGGCGCCGUGAGAUCCGCUUGACGCAAUCAAGGCCAACCAAACAGACACAGUAAAUAGCCAGAUAUGCAACAUCUCCGCCCCUCUUCAGGUCCUUGCACAAGGCAACAUCAGAUUGAAUGAUAUCAUUAUAACUUCUAGUUAUUGCAAUCUUAUAAACUUUCCCGGUUUUGCUCU